AUGGCGUCCAUUACCAGAACUGCACUCAUGAGGACUGCUCCAGCUCGCUAUGCAACGACAGUGGAAGGCGUGAAGCGACAGCUGUUGACCAGCUCUUCCACACAGGCGGUCAAUAAUAAUCCACUAAACAUCAUGCUGCCAGUCACUCGAUCGUUCUCGUCGUCGACCCACGAAGCCUACUGGAAGGAGAAGAAAGCUUCCAAACGCUUUCGGACGGAACAAUACGCGAAACAACAAGCCAACAAGGCAAAAGUCGAACGUCGUCGUGACGGCAAACCCAAGCACGCUCGGAGGAAGCAAUUCGAAUCCUGGUUCAAACCCAAGCAAGCGAUGGAAGCCUAUUCCAACCGACAAGCCAAACGAGUGGGUAUGGAAUGGAAAUUGCAAGUGGCAGUUCUCUUGGAGCGAUUGCCGGUAGUGCUACCCGACAAGCCACAAUGGGAAGGCGACUAUGAAGUGUUGCGGACUUAUCUCGAUCAGUUUGGAAGAGAUUAUCCCGAGUGGCUUUUUGGCAAACAGGACGAGAUUAUGGAAAUUGAAGACUUGACGGAUGAAGCAUUUCUUGAGAACCAUCUUCCCCGUGGAUUUGUCCCUGCUCCCCGCGAAACCGAAGCAGACCUCAAUGGCGAUGUCCGGACGUUGGAUCGGAGACUGAAAACUCGUGUCUUUUUAGCUGUCAAAGAUACAGCACCCUCGGGAGACGAAGUGUGGCAAUUGCCAACGGUUGCCGUCGAGGAUGGUGAAACCUUGCUGCAGACUGCCAAACGAGCCAUUUCCGAUAAGGUAGGCGAUGGAUUGGAUGUUUGGUAUGCUUCCAACUGUCCCAUGGCUGUCGAUGUGCAAGUCUUUGAGGGGGAGGAACAAGGCGAUGGGUAUUUUGGAACCAAGACAUUUUUCAUGCCGGUGCAAUAUGACGAGGGGACCUUAUCACAGGAGGAUAUUUUUGUCAAGGAUUUUGCAUGGUUGGAAAAGUCAGAGUUGGUGGAUCGAAUGAAGGAACAACACGGAGAAGAGCCGUCCAAAUUGUAUCAUUACAUGCUUCCGACAGAGGUGUAA